GUGACAGAUCCCUCCCGUGAAUGCUGCAGCUGCACAGCAUUAAAGCAGCAUUUCCAACAGAACAUUUCCAGAACAUUUCCUUCCAGCUUCCCCCUCACCCCUCCAUGCACACACGGAAUCCACAGGGAUGCACUCCCUGUGCCCGUUUGACCUUUUCUGCCGCUUUUCAGUUGAUAAAGUUCACUCCUGUGACCUCGGAGCAGCUUGGCAGUGCUUGUGUGUUGUUUCAGUGGUGUUCCUGACAUUCCUGUAGCGUUAAACCUGGCAAAAAUGGGACGUUUCAUUCUCAGGCUUGGCUGUGAAAGGUCUUUGGUGUCAUUGUGAACUUUGAAAAUUAAAGGUGUUCUAAAAGCAGCUGGAAAAAAAGAGAUUUAAUCAGUGAGACGCUGCCAUGGGGGAGCCCAAGGGCUCUGCCUUGCUUUUGGAUGACAGAAAAGUUCAAAGCUCUGGUGAAUUGAGUUUCUGUCCUUUCUGCCCCUUGGAUGGAGGGAGGAUGGAGACAUUUCAAAGGAAGGCUUUUGUCGUUACUCUUUAUUCAAAUUCAGUUUUAGCCUUGGAAACCCAGUGCAGAGGCUCUUUCCUGGCACAGACUGCAGGGAGAGCAGACACUGAGGGAAGGGGGGUUCUCAUCACUUUUGGGGCUCCUUUUACUCUGAAUAAUUAUGCAGCAUUUUGCUUUAGUUUGGAGCAAGGUCCUGGAAGGGCAACAAAGCCGAUGUAAUUCCACCCCCUUCCCAUAGCCAGGGCCUCCUUUCAUUAUCCCAGGUUUUGUUUGUGAGCUCUGGGAUUUGAUUUGCUUUUUGAUCUGAUCUUGUGAUGUCUGGGAGUUGAGACCUUUAAUUUCCUGUCCUGGUGGAUGUGUCUUUGAAAUCCUCCCAGGGAUGUGUGUUUGCAGGAAACUGGGACUGGGAAAAGGUCUCUUCCCUCUGUAAAGAUGCACAAAAAUCCUCAGCCAGGGAGGGCAGAAUUAACAACCCAAUCAAGCCAAUAUUGUUUCACUCAGUUCAUUAUAGGCUGACCCCAUCUGACUGAAUUAACUGAGGAUGCUGCAGGUCCUGGGGUCACCUUCACAUUUCCCAGCAAAGAAAUUCCAUGGAGCAGGACCAGCUGCUGCAGAAAACCAGGAUUUUGGCUCUGGAAUUGAAGAAUCAAACUUCCCUGGAUGAUUUGCUCUCAGCUGAGCAGCACCAAGAGCAGUUCCAUGUCUCAGAAACUUGUUAAAAAACUUUAAAUUGUUAUCUUUUGGUCAUAAUGGGGAUUCCCACAAAACCAGGUGGCGUUCUAAUAUUUUAUUAUUAUUAUUAUUUUAUACAUAUUUAUAUAAAUGAGUGGCAGGUUUCACUUGGAGAGUAUUCCAGAAAAAAUCAGUGUUGAGGCUGGGAGUUGUGUGGCUGCCUGGGUAGAAAAGCAGGGAGGAAUCAAAGCUUUUCCAGCUUUUCAGGAUGGAGCAGCCACUGAAAUCAGAAGGAAGAAAAAUUGGAUGUGAUGUUGAACGAGUUCUCCUGGCAGCUCCUGUGAGCUGAGGAGCAGAAUUAGGGAAAGCUGGAGAUUUGGGAAGCAAAGUUCAGUUUUAGUUUGCCUCCAGCAUUUGUGAUUAACUUCUCCUGCCUCUUGCUCUUCAGGGCAGCAAGGCUGCAAAAUCCAAAGCAAAUUGCUCCAGAGACAAUUCCAUUUCCACUGCCCGUUAAAUAUCCCGUUAAAUAUCGGGAUAUUUGUUUAUUGGAAUGAGGUUGGUGGGAAUUUUGGAUGUUUGUGGCUGAGCUCAGGGAGAUUAAUUAAUGGGAUCUCCAUAAAUUCUAUGGCUGGGGUGAUAUCUGGAAAUAAAGCCCCACCUGCCUAUUUUUUUCCGAAGUGUUGUUGAAAAAUAUCCAAGGGUUUCUUUGGAAUUCAGAAAUCCAGCUCUGUCCCAGCAUCUCAGCACUGGAGUCACAUUCCCAUGGAUUUUCCACAGAAGUAGACACAGCAAUGUUGAUUUGGGAGUUGUCUGGGGAGCAAACUCAGAGUGCCAGAACAAGACUAAUCCCCCUCUGUGUUUUCUCUAAUAAAAGGGAAGAACACUAAAUAAUUAACGUCAACAAAUGAAAACUAAUUUGCCGAUUUUUAAUUUUCCCCCCAUUGCGUGAUCCCUGUUAAUGAAUUAUUUACCAGCCAGAGAUGAACAUAAAAUGAAAAGAUUUCUCUGGGGUCUGCUGUGUUCUCUGAACAUCCAGGCUAACUGUUUAGAUAUACAUAUAUAUAUAUUUAAUUUAUUUUUUUUUAAGAGUGAAAAAUAACCCCAGAGAAAACAGCAUUCAGCAGGAACCAGGCAGGAAUAAAAAGAGCUGCAGCCUCCAGAGGUUUUCCCAUUUCCUCCUAGACCUGAGAUCAUUUGUCUGAGGCUGUUUGUGAAUUAUUCAUACCAAGUGGAGCUCUUUGCUUUCCCAGAUUGAAUGAGACCCGUUUCCAUCUCAGGGCUUCCUGUGCUGGUUUUUUUUUGUUUGCAUUUCGGGUUUUCCUGGGAUGCCCUUUAUCCCAAAGCCCUGCUGGAUGCUGGGGGAUUCUGUCAGUCAAACAUCCAGAACCUGCUCUGUGCUCCACGCCCAGCGCUUCCCGCAGCACACGAGGCAGCUGUGGGAACGGGAAUGGGAUAACUGAGGAGUGAAAAACCCUGGGAACGGUGCUGUGGUUCUGCUUUUACUUCACGGUGUGACCUCCAAGGGGAAAAUGUUUGUUAUUUUAGCUCUGGGUUGAUUUUAAGGGUUCUGUGCAUCCCAAUCCCUGUGUCAGAUCAACAGGAGCAUCCCAGGCCAUGGAAGCGUCUCUGCUCGUGGCAGGUGAUGGAAUGAGAUGGGAUUUAAGAUCCCAGUUCAAAACCCUUCUGCUUCAGCUGCCACUCGAAGCCUGCUUAGGUUUGGUUGUGUUAAUAGGAUUGGGAAAACAGAUCCAGGAUUGGGAAAACAGAGCCAGAACUGGGAUGAACUCCAGUGUGUGUUCCAAGGCUUCCUUGGAGUUCCAUGCCCCACCAGCCUCCAACAUGAGCAGCAUCUUCUCACCCCAUGAGCACUGGGGCAGUCUCAUGCCAUGGAAUUCCAGACUGGUUUGGUGGGAAGGAGGAGGAGGAGAGAUGAGUUCCACCUGCGGCUGAGUUUCCUUGGCUUUUCCUGCUGCUGGGCACCAGAGGCACAACUUGAGGAGGAGCACUCGUGGCUCGAUGCUGUUGCUGUUCCCUGGCCCUGCUCAGGUUUGGGAGGAGCCACCCUGGUGUCCAUGAGGAACCAUCCUGAUGUCCCUGAGGAGCCAUCCCAGUGUUUGUGUGGAGCCAUCCCAAUGUUUGUCCCUGAGGAGCAAUCCCGAUGUCCCUGAGGAGCCAUCCCGGUGUUUGUGAGGAGCCAUCCCGGUGUUUGUGAGGAGCCAUCCCGGUGUUUGUGAGGAGCCAUCCCGGUGUUUCCCUGCUCCAGGUGAAGAGCGGCACUGCCGCACACGGGAUGAGGUUGCCGAGCAACCGCCCGCAAUUAAAAACAUCCUCGGAGCCAUCGGCGGCGUCUGAGAGCGGAGAUUUCGCUCCUCAGCAGCUCUGGAGCCUCCUCCUUCCAUCUGUGCUCGCUUCACCUGGAAAGCUUGGCAGGGAUUUUCUUCUCUCCAGUGCUGUGGAAGAACUCAGGAGGCUCCAGCACACCCUGGAACAGGGCAACGAUGGCAAAGACUCGCUCCAAAGCCACCAGCUCGCCAUGGAUGAAGAAAAUAAUAUCCAGGAAUAUCCUAUCGACCUCCAGCCCUUGGAAUCCAAAGUGAAAAUCAUCCAGCGAGCGUGGCGUGAGCACCUGCAGCGUCAGGACCUGCACAGCCCAUCCCCAAUGUCACCAACGUCACCAACAAUGUCCCCAACGUCCCCAACGUCGCCAACGUCAUUGACCUCGGGCAAGAUGAGCAGGUCUGUCAGCAUGAACACCUUCUCCGACAGCAGCACCCCCGUGAGUCCGGCUGGAAUUCCUCCUUUUUCCUUUGCUGGCUUCUUUUCUGGGAUUUGGGAUAAGUGGAAUCUCAGAUGUGGGUUCACCAUGUUGAUAAUGGGUUAAAAAGGGAUUUUGGGGUGUCUCAAAUGGCCUCCAGGCAGAGAUUGUUCUUGUAGGCUCAUCAGGAUGUGUGAGUGUGGAUAUCAGACCUGGAUUCCAGCAGAUUUUGGAGGUGUUCUUGCUGGAAAAAAGGUGUUUCCAAGUGGUCAUGUGUCCUGUGUGUUUAGGAUAUUGUGUUCCCAAAAAAUCCUCAAUCUGUGGUGCUUUUCCUACAAUGAAAUGUGUUUUCUUGGCUGAUUUUUGGUUUUGUUUGGUUGAUUUUUAUACUUGCUAAAAAAGACUUGGAGAAGUUGAUUUAGGGGUUUAAAAUUAAAUUGAUUUUGGAAUAAAUAUUCCGGCUCGACCAAUGGCUGGAGGCUGCAUUUCUCUUUUUAAGGAGACUCUAAAUAAACCCCAAAUGCAGGUCCCAUUAUUGGAAUACAAACAGCUCUGUGACUGCCUCUGAAUUGGGAUUUUUAGGACAAUAAAUAAAUAAAUACAGAGUCUGGAAAUGUUGUCUUCAGCUUUGCGAUGGAAGAACAAGGAAUUACUGACUGCAGUGCAUGGAAUAAUUCAGGAAUUCCAGGAAUUCUGGUGUGGUGUGUGGUGCAGGAAGUGUCUUGUGCUUCUGAGGAGGGAACAGGUUGGUUGGAUCCUCACUGUCCGUGGAUGUUGCCACUCACAGGACAACAUUUGGUGUCUUCUGAAUCCCUACAAAAAUCUGGGAAUCAUUGUCAGUGGUGUUCUGCAAGCUGAAUAAAUUUAAUUCUACCUUCAGUUGCAAAGUUGGAGUGAUUUUAAUCUCGUAAAGCCCAAGGCACUGAUCAAACAGCUUUUCCAUGAUAAAAACCCUGAUCUUGGAAUUUUGGGGAUAAUUUGACACUUUCCAGUGUUGAUCCAGGUGUUGAUCCAGGCCCAAAGCGAAGCUGGUUCCAGCAGGUUUAUUUUGGAACACGGUGCUUGACAGAAUUUAAUAAAAUAUUCCUGAGGGCACUGCUUUAUAUUUAGUUGGGAGCUGGAGAGCAGGAGGAUAAAGUGGGCUGGAAUAUUGGGUUAGACACUGAUGUUUCAUGGAUUAAAGGGGUUUGGUUCCUUUAAUUAGAGGAAUAGAUGAGGAUAUAAAUGUUUAUCUGCCACUGGAAUCUGCUUCCACCAGAGGUCCCUCGUACCCUGUGCAGGGACGCUCGCGGGUGCUCCAGAGCUCCUCCAGUACGAACCUCGUUUGGAAAAUGACGCUUUUGGGAUGUCUGCGGGUUCAGUAAGGGCAUCUGGGAGUUCUGUAUUUGUGGGGAGAAGGUGAUGGCUCCAUCUCCGAGUGUUUGUGGGUAGAACACGGGGUUCCCCCGGACCUUCCCCAUGGAGAGAGCUGAUGGAACGGGUGGAAUGUCAGAGCUUGAGGGAUGAGAUGAGAAACAGAGAAUUCUUUUUUGGCUGCUGCUUUGUAGCGAAGAAAGGUUUGUGUGUGUGUGUAGUACAAACAGGUUUUUAACUGUUUUAACUGGAAAAUAUCUGUUAUUGAUCACUGAUCAGAUUAUGGGAUGAGGAGCACACAGCCUGGAGCUGCAUUGUCUUCACUUGCUUUUGUUUUCCUUUUGCAUCUUAAUUCUUGCUAAAAGGAAAUCAGAAGACAGAUGUAUAACAGAUUUGAAAUAAUGUUCUUCCUUGAAAAUGUUUUAAAUUUUGUUACUGUGUAGAAGUUUCCCCAAACUUCCCUUCCUAGAUGGGUUUCUGCUUCCUUUCCUCCAA